AAAAAAAAAACAGCCAAAUUUUUUUUUGGUACAUAAAAACAGACAAAUUAACUACACUUAAUAAGAGUGAAAUAUGCUCUAACCCAAAAAUUAAAUAUGAAAUACUAGUGCUUUAAAUUUAGAAUUUAAUUUAUAUAUACGGUACGGAGGAAAAAAAAAAAAGAACCUUCUUCCAUUUUUCUUUUCUUUCUUCCACUUUGGCGACUCACUCAAUCAUUUCCAACACCAAUUCCCUUCCUUCAAUUCAACCAAAAUUCUCUUUGCUCAUUCACCAAAAUCAACACAAAAACCAAAACCAUCUUAAUAAUCUUCUUCUUCUUAUUAAUAUUAUUAUUAUUCCCUUUCUUCAACCAAUUUUCAUAAACAAUUUUCAAAAUGGACACAGAACAAAAACGCAAGAGAAAAAGAGUUCUAACAAAACACUUUCACAUAUCAUCAAGAACAAUUUUUCUCUGUUUUUCUUUCAUAAUCUUCUUAAUUUUCUUAUCAAAUUACCAUGGUUUCUUCACUCAUAAACCUUCAACUUUAUCACUUCUCUAUUCUUCAGCAAGCAAUUCAGUUCUUGACCCUCUUCAACCUUCAACACCAACAGCAACGGUUUCUUUCACUCUUCAACACCAAAUCCUCUUCCCAAAUCACUACCUCAUAUUCAUAACCAAAAAAAACCAAUCCCAUCAAUCAUUAGAGUGUGUUUAUUAUACUCUCCAAACCAACGGUUCAACUAAACCGGUACUUGAUGUUCAUGUUGAACCGGUUCAAUCAAUGGAUUUUUACGAUGAAUCUCGAUCCAUAGCAAGGUGCCCAUUUACUCAAACCAACUUUUCAACCUCCGGUGGGGUUAAAGUUGUCGACUUGCGGCGGUCCGGUGAAAUGGGUCGUCGGAGUUUUGGUGUUUUGAAGAACCAAAAACCUCAAUCUUGGGAUAGGGUUGCUUAUGAAGCUAUUUUAGAUGGUGACACUGUUGUUGUUUUUGUUAAAGGGUUGAAUCUAAGACCUCAUAAGAUCUCGGAUCCAACAAAUUUUCGAUGCCAUUUUGGUUUAAGAAGUUUCCAUAAAGAUGGUGCUGGUGCUGCUUUUUUGCUUAGUACAAAAGCUGUUUCUGUGGCACAAGAAAUUGUGAGGUGUGUUUUGCCACAAAGUAUUAGAAAUAAACCUGAUAAAGCUUUUGGUGUUAGGGUUACUGUUAGUAAUUUGAGUGGAAAUUUGCGGCAUCAAGUUCGAACGCUUUUGCCAUCGGUGGCUAGAAUUGGUAGUGGAAGUGUUCAUAGAAAGAAGAAUAGUGAAAAGUAUGAGCUUUGUGUUUGUACUAUGGUUUGGAAUCAAGCUUCUGCUAUAAGGGAAUGGGUUAUGUAUCAUUCUUGGCUUGGUGUUGAGCGUUGGUUUAUCUAUGAUAAUAAUAGUGAUGAUGAUAUUGAAAAAGUGAUUAAUGAUCUUGAUUUUGAAGGGUAUAAUGUUAGUAGAAAAGUUUGGCCUUGGAUUAAGACACAAGAAGCAGGGUUUUCUCAUUGUGCUUUAACAGCUAGAGAUGAGUGUAAAUGGGUUGGUUUCUUCGAUGUUGAUGAGUUUUUCUAUUUUCCGAACGAGUUUCGUCAUAAUCACCUUGCAAAAAGUGAUAGUAAUAGUAUUAGUAGUAGUGUUGUUCCGGGUGAGAAUUCAUUAAGAUCAAUGGUUGCGAAUUUCUCGUCAUCAACGUCGAUUGCUGAGAUAAGAACAGCAUGUCAUAGUUUUGGUCCUUCUGGUUUAAAUUCACACCCUAAAAAGGGUGUUACAAUAGGUUACACAUGUAGACUUCAAAGCGCCGAGCGGCACAAAUCCAUUGUGCGACCGGAUUUGCUCGACGACAGUCUUCUUAAUGUGGUUCAUCAUUUUCAGCUAAAAGAUGGAUUUGACUACUACAACAUGCCAGAAGGUAGUGCUAUAGUGAACCAUUACAAGUAUCAAGUUUGGGAGAGUUUUAAGCAAAAGUUUUUCAGAAGAGUUGCUACAUAUGUUGUUGAUUGGCAAGAGGAUCAAAACAAAGGGUCAAAGGAUAGAGCACCAGGACUUGGAACAGAAGCAAUUGAACCAGUUAAUUGGAGGUUAAGGUUUUGUGAGGUUUGGGAUACUGGCUUAAAGGACUAUCUAUUGUCUUAUUUUGCUGAUCCUAUGACAGGUUUAUUGCCUUGGGAAAAGUCUUUACUAUAAUGAAUUGAUACACAUGUAAAGGAAUAUAAUCAUACUUGUUAGGCAUAUUCAUUCUUUCCAUUGUUUGUGGGGAGCUAUUUGUUACAGAAAUUUUGUUUUUGUUUAGUUUUUUAAAUGAUUUUUUACACAUAUGAAUGAAAUUCACAGAGGUUAUAUACUCAUGUAUAUUUAAAGCAAUUUGAAUGAAUUCCUCUUCCAUUUUUUUUAUUCA